AUGCGCGAAAUAGUUCACGUACAAGCUGGACAAUGUGGAAAUCAAAUCGGAUCCAAGUUCUGGGAGAUAAUAUCAGAUGAGCAUGGAGUGGACCCCAACGGUAUCUACAAGGGCGAGAGCGACCUACAGCUCGAACGCAUCAAGGUGUACUACAAUGAAGCGUCUACAGGCAAAUAUGUGCCUCGUGCAGUGUUGGUGGAUUUGGAGCCUGGCACAAUGGACUCCGUGAGGUCUGGACCUUACGGUCAGCUGUUCAGACCAGACAACUUCGUGUUUGGCCAGAGCGGUGCCGGUAACAACUGGGCCAAGGGUCAUUAUACAGAGGGCGCUGAGUUAGUCGAUGCUGUCAUGGAUGUCAUUCGCAAAGAAGCUGAAGGCUGUGAUUGUUUACAAGGAUUCCAGCUGACCCACUCCUUGGGUGGAGGCACAGGAUCUGGCAUGGGUACUCUGUUACUCAGUAAGAUCCGCGAAGAGUUCCCUGAUAGGAUCAUGAACACCUUCAGUGUUGUCCCAUCCCCUAAGGUAAGCGAGGUAGUCCUAGAACCAUACAACGCGACGCUCUCAGUGCAUCAGCUGGUAGAAAACACAGACAUGUCAUUCUGUAUCGACAACGAAGCUCUCUACAACAUCUGCUUCAGAACUCUACGACUUGCCAGCCCUAGCUACGGGGAUUUGAAUCAUUUGAUUUCGCUCACAAUGUCAGGAGUGACAACUUGCCUCCGUUUCCCCGGACAAUUAAACGCCGACUUAAGGAAACUGGCCGUCAACAUGGUACCAUUCCCUAGGCUGCAUUUCUUCAUGCCUGGUUUUGCUCCUCUCACAGCUAGGAAUUCGUUCAACUUCCGUGCACAGACUGUUCCUGAACUGAUGAGUCAGAUGUUCAACUCCUCGAACAUGAUGACGGCGGCCGACCCGCGCCACGGUCGAUACCUCACGGUAGCUACUAUAUUCAGAGGCAGAAUGUCCAUGAAGGAAGUUGACGAACAGAUAUUGUCGAUACAGAACAAGAAUUCUAGCUACUUCGUAGAAUGGAUCCCCAACAACUUGAAGGUCGCUGUGUGUGACAUUCCCCCACGAGGACUGAAGAUGUCUGCCACGUUCAUGGGCAACAGUACUGCUAUACAGGAGAUCUUCAAACGCAUCUCUGAGCAAUUCACUGCUAUGUUCCGACGAAAGGCUUUCCUCCACUGGUACACAGGCGAGGGUAUGGAUGAGAUGGAGUUCACUGAGGCAGCUAGCAACAUGGCGGAUCUUAUCUCUGAGUACCAGCAGUACCAGGAGGCCAAUGUUGAUGACGAAGAUAUCUUCGACGAAGAAGAAGAACAACAAGAGGAAUAUCAAGCUGAACCGAGAGAAGUCAGCAACACUAUGGCCAUGAUAUAA